AUGAUUCAACUCGAUCAUAGAUCAAGAAGGCGAAGCCUCAGCCGGACGCACAUUGAGUACAUGUUUGACUGGAGCGACGACAUGCGCGACACGGUCGACCCCCGAUCGGCGUCAGUCCGUGACAAGCCCUUGCAACACCGAAGGCGCAAGAGACAGUUCGCAAUACCCUGCGCCAACUGCGCCGAGGCGAGCCAUAGGACAGCGGACUGUAUAGCCCCCUGUGGUCAUUGCGGGGCCCCGAAUCCUCAUAGGGGUCUUAAGAGGGCUCGAGCCGACUGGGCUGAAGCCAUUCCAUCAUACAAGCUCCGCGUGCACCAGAACCCGCACAUCGCUUCCCAGUGCCCCGUCGCGCCACGAAACCGAUGCAAGUGCGUGCCCUUCCCGACCUUCCACACGGCCGCGCGGUGCGGCAUCCCCUGUCGUCGUGACUGUGGCGGUCAAAUUUUUAACAAGCAGCACCCCAACGCCAUGAACUGCCGCUCGCGCUGCUGCAUGUGCGGCUUGCGCGGCCACAGCGGGCGCGAGUGCCGCCUGCGUAGGUGCCGCUGCGGCGGCGCCCACCUCGGCCAGGACUGCUCCUGGAAUCCCACCUGCCGAGUGCCCGGCUGCGAUCGCUUCCACUGCGGGAUCCACUGCCGCGAGUGCGGCAGCACCGAGAAGCCUUUCAUCGGCUUUCGAUGUACAAAGUGUCUCGGGUUUGAGGAGUCGCCGCGCGAAUUGUCGGAGCAGGGGAAGGGUAGGAGAAGGCGGGCGCGGAAGCGGGCAAACAACAGAGAGCCGGAAGGGGAAGAAGAGGAGAAGAGAGGUUGCAAUGAUGAGAACGGGCCGCCUAUUAAGGAUGAGACGGCAUCUCCGACCGCGACAACAGCGUUCACGCCGUCAUCUCCUAUUGUCCUUCCGCCGACGGGCAACGAGAAGCAGGUUAAGAGCAUCUUUAGCGAUCCGCGGCAAGCGAAGGACCCAGGGCGCGUCAACCGAUGA